AUGCACAAACUCAAGUUCAAAUACGACACAAACUCAAGUUCAACAAAUACCACAAACUCAAGUUCAAACAACACCCGAUCCUCAAGUUCAAACAUUUCCAAGAAGUCAAGUUCAAAAACACCAAUACCUCAAGUUCAAAAGACACCACAAACUCAAGUUCAAACACGACAAAGACUCAAGUUCAACAAACACACAUAG